UAGUUUCCAACUGAAAUUUGUAAAGAAAGCCAGCAGGCAGCCAGUUUUGUGUUGUUGUGUAGACUUGGCUUGUUUGGUUUUCUGUGCUUUCUAACGACCAUAACGCGAGUGCACUUGAUAAUUUUGAUAAUAAAUAUUACUGUAAACCAAUACGGUAGUUUAGUGUAGUGCGUGACUAAAAUGUGUUCAAAGUGCUCCAAGUUCCACUAAAUGCUCAGCAAAAGUCUUCACAAUGAUUUGGAUGUAUGGACGAUGCAGUCUCACUUACAUACUGUGGCUGCUGCUAUUUGUGGCGGUGCCGACCGCAGCGCAAGAGUCGGGUCCAUCAGGCGUGGUUGUCCCGCACGAACGUGAGGCCUUCUUCAAUAGGACUUCUUACGUCCGCAUCGCCGGGCAGGUGUCGCUGCGCAGUCAUCUGGGCCUCUCCUUCCGCACCUGCGCCGGAGGACAGCUCUUCACACAGCGCAAUUCGCAGCAGUCUCUCGCCCUAGAGGUACUUCCCGAAGGCCUAGUGCUGACUGCGCAACUAAACCCUGGCCCAGGGAUUGCCACCACCAGGCAAUUCAGGGUGACUCUGAAUGCCCGCUUUCUGGACAAUGCCUGGCACACUGUCAACAUUGUCUACAGGCUCGGCAAUCUCACCUUGUCUGCUAAUGGACACCAGCAGGUGAUAGCCAACUCGACAUACAACCAAGAGCUGUUGUCAGUUGCCGAAAUCAACUAUGGAGUAAACAACGAACUGCACGUUGGCUAUGGCUUUGUCGGCUGCAUUCUGGAGGGACCUGGUCUAGUCUUCAGCAACGCCACCCAGGCUGUUAAUGUGCAGUGGGGACCCUGUCCGUUGACGCCUAAUAGCUGUUCGAAGGUGGACCACUGCCUGGUGGAGCCUUGCAUGAUGCACGGCCAAUGUGUGUCGCGGCCCGACCGCUACCAGUGUCACUGCGCCGCCCGCUACUCCGGCAACAACUGCCAGAUCGACAACGGCUCGCCAUGCUUAAAAAAUCCUUGCAAAAAUAAUGGCAUCUGCCAGGAAACGCCUAUUGGAGAUUACUACUGCCAAUGUCGCAGUGGAUUCACUGGCCAGCACUGUGACACAGAGAUGACAGCUCGCCUGUGUGACAACAGCCCUUGCAAGCACGGUGGCACAUGCAGUGUGAACCCGCUGAGUGGCCAGUACGAGUGUCAGUGUCCCGCCGGCUACACGGGCCGCGACUGUCAUCUCGACAUCAAUGAGUGUCUGUCAACGCCCUGCCUCAACGGAGGCGUCUGUGUCGACAAAGUCAACGAUUACGCCUGUCUCUGCAACCAUACUGGUUAUGAAGGUGCGAACUGUGAAAUCAAUAUUGAUGAAUGCGAGCGGAAGCCCUGCUUGAAUGGGGUUUGCUUCGACAACUAUGGUGGCUACACAUGCCAAUGCUCACCAGGCUUCGGUGGACUUAAUUGUGAAAUGAACCUGAACGAGUGCGCGUCGGAUCCGUGCCAGAACAACGGCACGUGUACCGACCAGGUGGGCAGCUACCGUUGCGACUGCCAGCCCGGCUUUACUGGCCACAACUGCCACACCUCACUCAAUGCCAACACCAACCCCAACCCCAACUCCAUCGACUGCCGGCAAUCGCCCUGUCCGCCGCAUGCCACCUGCCUCAACAUCAAUGCCACCUACAUGUGUGUCUGCGAGCAUGGCUAUUUCGGUCCUCAUUGUGAGUCAUCCCGUAACAACAACGCAGUUGUAACUCCACCUAUGUCGCCAUCGCUUGCACUUCCUCCAACUUCUAUGACGUCAUCUUUUGGCAACGGUGGAGUCGGUCCGUCAUCUAUGACGUCAUCAUUUGGAAACGUUGGAGGACCUGUGACUUCAUCGUUUGCAGUGACGUCACCUCCGGUGCCGUUGUGGUGCAGCUCUGCGCCCUGCUACAAUGGAGGCACGUGUGUGGAGGAGGCCGAGGGCCAUUUUUACUCAUGCCAGUGUGCGCCAGCCUUCACGGGUGGACGGUGUGAAACCCUGGUCAAGUGCUCCCAUAAACCCUGUCUGCAUGCCACCAGCUGCGACGAUUAUUAUCGCGGCACGACCAGCUACUACUGCAGCUGCGAGCGGGGCUGGACAGGUGCCAACUGUGAUGUCAUCGUCAGCCAGUGCCCGUGCCGUAAUGGCGGCUCCUGUGUAAAUUCGGCAACCGACCCCUACAAGUGUGUGUGUCCGGCUAGGUAUGCAGGUGACCAAUGCGAGAAGAAAGUGGACGACUGCACGACGGAGCCGUGUCUGAACGGAGGCGUGUGCGUGGACCUGGCGACAGGCGGCUUCACCUGCAACUGCAGUGCGGAAUACACGGGCGCACUCUGCCAACUGGUCUAUGACGCGUGCAGCUCGCAGCCCUGCAAAAACAAUGCCACCUGCAAGCAUCUGCAGCAGCCUGCAGCCCGCAGUCGCCGCGAGUACAUCUGCCAGUGUCCCCCAGGUUUUGCGGGCAGCGACUGUGAAACUAGCAUCGAUGAAUGUGCCGGUGGAGUGGCGUGCGGAGAGGGGAAGCAGUGCGUGGAGGGGAUGUGCCGACCACUCUGCCCCGAGGGCUGGGGAGGGGAUAACUGCUCACUGCGCAUGCGUGGUCCAGCCUCCUCGAAUGGGGAAGGCCUGUGUCAGCAGAUGCAGCCCUGCAAGAAUAAUGCCACCUGUGUUGAUCAGGGAGGCGAUUACCAGUGUGUGUGCCCCAAGGGGUGGACUGGCAAAAACUGUGACCAAGAUGUUGACGAAUGCGAACCAAACCCCUGCAUACAUGGAAUAUGCCAGAACACUGAAGGUGGAUACCAAUGCUUCUGCAAGCCGGGCUACUCGGGAGAUCACUGUGACCUAGAUUUUGACGAAUGUCUGUCAAAUCCGUGCUUGAAUGGCGCACUUUGCAAUAACCUGGUCAACAACUACCAAUGUGUUUGCCCGCCUGGGUAUACGGGACGAAACUGUGACACAAACAUAGAUGAAUGCGCGUCGAAUCCUUGUCAGAACGGAGCGACUUGCGUGGACGGUAUCGCGCAGUUCUCUUGCCAAUGUCCUGAGGGAUUAACUGGAAAACUGUGUGAAACCAAUAUUGAUGACUGCGAGCCUCAGCCUUGUCUACACAAUGGUGAAUGUAUUGAUGGACUCAACAACUAUACCUGCAAUUGUACGGACACUGGAUAUGAAGGAAUGCAUUGUGAAAUUAACAUUGACGACUGUAAGGACAAUCUGUGUGAGAACGGAGCUGUGUGUGAGGACCAAGUCAAGGACUAUCAAUGCAAAUGUUAUCCAGGAUAUUCAGGUAAAAACUGCGAAGUGGACAUCAACGAAUGUGAGCCGAACCCUUGCCAAUAUGGCGGCACCUGCCUGGAGCUAUCCAACGCGACGCUCUACCAGGUGAACUCAAGUCUGCCGGCCGCUUUCCAGCAGAACUUCAGCUACGCGGCUGCGAGCGGAUACGCGUGCGUGUGCGUGCCUGGGGUGCGUGGUGAUAACUGCGAGGAGAACAUUAACGAGUGCGAGAGUUCACCCUGCUAUCAUGGCAAGUGCCACGACUUGAUAGACGGUUACAGGUGUGACUGUGAACCGGGCUAUGAGGGGCCGCUGUGCAACAUCGAUAUUAACGAAUGCGAACAGUACAGACCGUGUAUGCACGGCGAGUGCUACGACCAGAAGGCGGGCUACCUGUGCGUAUGCGAUCCCCGGUUCGGCGGCAAGAACUGUUCGGUGGAGCUGACCGGCUGCAAGCAGAGCGCUUGCUUGAACGGAGGCACGUGCAAGCCCUACUUGCUCGACGAAGUGCACCACCUCUUCAACUGCAGCUGUGGGCACGGUUACCAUGGCAACACCUGUCAACAGUCCACCACCAUGUCGCUCACUGGCCACUCGUCCUAUAUCAUGGCCAACACCACGCGUGAUGAGGGAUACGAGAUACAUUUCAGGUUCAAAACAACACUGCCCAACGGUCUGCUAGCCCUGGGCCGGGGAUCCACGUUCUACUUCUUGGAGCUGGUGCAGGGAAAACUGAACCUGCAUUCGAGUCUGCUCAACAAGUGGGAAGGAGUCACCAUCGGCUCCAAGCUCAAUGACAGUAACUGGCAGAAGGUAUUUGUGGCGAUCAACACAUCGCAUUUGGUUCUAGCAGCCAAUGAAGAACAGACCAUCUACCCAAUCAACCAAAACGAGGGAACCAACGCAUCCCAUACUAGCUUCCCUACAACAUAUAUCGGCGGGACCAUUUCGACCCUCCGCCGCCUGCCGAUGCCGAACGGCCUGAUCCCCUACUUCGUCGGCUGCAUCCAGGACAUCUUUGUGAACGGCCUUUACGUGCUGCCGUCCGCAGGUGGUGACGACUCAGUCGCACCGACACCCAACGUGCAGCUGCAGAACGUGGAGGCCGGCUGUCCGCGGCACGAGCAGUGUGACCCCAAUCCGUGUCACAGUGGCGGUCACUGCACCGAUCUGUGGCGCAACUUCAGCUGCACCUGUGAGCGGCCCUAUUUGGGUCACACCUGCCAGUACAACCUGACAGCAGCGACAUUUGGCCGGGAGAACACGACAAACAGCUUGGUGGUGGUGGAGGUGUGGCCUGCAGUGCGCGCCACUGUGCAGAGCAUCCUCGACAUAUCCAUGUUUGUGCGCACGCGCCAGGCGCAUGGCGCCAUCUUCUAUCUCGGGUCUCGGCCCAACACGGUAGCACCUCUAAACGAGACCCUGAUCACAGCACGGCUGCAAAACGGGGAGCUGCAGGUUAGCAUUCAGUUCAGUGGCAUCAUAGAGGCCUACACUGUGGGCGGGGUGCGGCUAGAUAACGGCAACAGUCAUCUCAUCCAGGUUGUGAGAAACGUGACCCUGGUACAGGUGAAGAUAAACAGCACGGAAUACUUCAGGAAAACAAUCAGUGCCACUGGCAAACUUGAUCUGCAGGUGUUGUAUUUGGGGGGAAUGCCCGCUCCACCACAACCCAAGCCACACAAGAGGCAGAUCGCUGCUGAAUCAACCAUAUUGAAUGGUUUCAAAGGCGUGAUCCAAGAUGUGCAGGUGAGCAACGGCUCGCAGACGAUGGUAGUGGAGUUCUUCCCGCUGAGCAACAGCUUCCCAGACGACCUCAUCGACCUGCCCCCCUCCCUCGGCCUGGUGGCCUUCGACCCGGCAGCCGUGCUCGAGGGCGUCGUCUCGGACGACUCCUGUGCCGACAACCCCUGUCUGCAGGGCGGCACCUGUCGGGUCACCUGGAACGAUUUCGUUUGCGAGUGUACUCGGGGCCACAAGGGCAAACGAUGCGAGGAGAUGGAGCUGUGCGAGUUGAAGCGAUGCCCCGAGGGCAGUGUGUGUCGCAACGUGGAGGCAGCUGGGGAGGCCAGCCAGGGGGGUGGGGGCUACGAGUGUGCCGCCAACAUCACCCUCUCCGGCCACCAGGGGGAGCAGCUCACCUACAGCUGGCAGGCCGGCACCACAGGGGUUCGGAUGUCACCCUUGGCGAUGGACAGUGUGCAGCUGGCUUUCAGGAGUCGGACCGGGGGUACCAUACUCUAUGUGGGUGGGGGGACUGUGCCUUAUUUCCAGGUAUCAGCGCUGGGCAACCAAAUAACAGUGGCUUGGCAGUUGAGCGGUGACGGGCCUCCGCAGGUGACUCGCAUGCAGCGACAUGCUGACUCAGCAAGCGGCGAGUGGAUCACGGUCGAACUCACUCUGGCCAACGACACGCUCAGUGGAGGCAUUGCCAACGAGGAAAGCGAGAGCGCACGCCUGCCCGAAACUCCUUUCUCAUCAGCCGCCUGGCUUCAACUGUUGCAAACGGCACCGAUCACUGUGGGAGGCACUCCGGUGGCGCUGCAAGGCCCGACCUCUGGUGUUCGGGAGACAUACUACUUGACCGAUGCGGCUAGCGGCAGUACUAACGAACUCGAUGUGGCUGGGUUCGGGGCCAAUCCUCACCAACAGGUGGUGGGAGGUGCGUUCAAAGGAUGCAUAGGUCAGGUUAGGAUCGGUGGACUGCUGUUGCCCUACUUCACGCCCGAUCAGCUGGAUGCGGCCGGUGACUCACCACCUUUCACUCACUCCAACCACUUUGCAUUGGCUGCUGCUACUGCUGCUUCCACCAACCUCACGCUCGACUGUCUGCUCUGCUUCCAAGCCGAGUGCAUCAAUGGCGGAAGGUGUGCCAACGAAACAGAAUCGUAUCUAUGUGAUUGUCCGGCUGGUUUCAUGGGUGACUACUGUGAAGUGGACAUCAACGAGUGCGAGAACAACCUGUGCAGCAAUGGAGCCGUGUGUGUCGACGGUAUUGCCAACUACACCUGCAGUUGUCUGCCUGGUUGGGAGGGAUGGCUCUGUGACAAGGAGAUUGACGAGUGCGCUUCGAGCCCUUGCCUGAACAGUGGCACAUGCGUGGACAAGCUGGGCGCGUUCGAGUGUUUGUGCUUGGACGAGUAUGUAGGCGAGCGAUGUGAUCAAUUGAAGCAAGUCACUUGUCAGAACAAGCCUUGUCGCAACAAUGCCGCCUGUGCCGAUGUCAAAAAUCCGCAAACGAACGACAACUUCACGUGUAGCUGUGCAGAGGGCUUCGUGGGCACCUACUGUGAGACGGCCUACUGUGUGCUGCAACCCUGCGAGAACGGAGGCUUGUGCCUGGUGAACAGGGUGCCACCCAUGUGCCAGUGUGAGCGUGGCUUCGAAGGUGCGCACUGCGAACGCGACAUCGACGAUUGUCUCGACAAGCCAUGUCUGCACAACUCACAGUGCAUCGAUCGCGUCGCAGCCUUUCACUGCAAUUGCACUGGAACUGGCUACAAAGGCAUGAACUGCGAGGACGACGUGGACGAGUGCGUGGGAGGGGAAGACCCGUGUCAGGGGAGGGGCAAGUGUGUCAACACCCAGGGCGGCUUCCGCUGCGACUGCAUUCAGGGCUACUGUGGACAACACUGUCACUUGCCCGAUCCAUGUCUGGAAAUGCCGUGCCAAAACGGAGGCAGUUGUUCACCUAUGUGUGUAACAUUUGCUGACUUUGAAUGCUCCUGUACGCUGGGAUUCUCCGGCAAAAACUGUUCUGAGAGCAACCUACUGGCGCGGUCGAAUGUGAUGGACAUAGCGCUGAUCGUUGGGCCUGUGAUAGCCAUUCUGCUGAUAGCGGCCGGAGUGAGUCUGACCGUGUUCGUGAUGAUGGCGCGCAAGAAGCGAGCCACCCGCGGCACCUACUCGCCCAGCUCGCAGGAGUACUGCAAUCCCCGUGUCGAACUCGACAAUGUCAUGAAACCGCCUCCUGAAGAACGCCUCAUUUGAGAUCGCCUCAACUCUAUCAAUCUCUAAAUCUCAUUCAAAUUAUUCGUGAUUCAAGUUUGUACAAACUUUUGAAUUGAGACAUCAAAACAUCUUUGCGAUGGAAAACUAGUUUUAAUGCUGAAACCACCAUCAAAUGAUUUAGGUUGGCAAACAUUCUGUUCAAUCUGUUCUGUUUAAUCUGUAAAUACUCUCAAAAUUGGGAGUGAGAACUAGCGACUAUUGUUAUAACUAGAGGUUAUUAUAAAUCGAUUAUAAACUAUUUAGAUUGAGUUGGAUAUGUGCAGUUGGUAAAAGUGUAAGAAUAUGCUUGAAGGAUAUUUAUGUUAAUCUUUGAACAAUGAGAAAAUUGUAAGUUAAGUUCGAUUUAUGGGAGAAAUAGUUUUGAGGAUUGUGAAUCCAGUCGAAUUACUGUAGAACUUUGUAAUGUUGGUGAGACUGUUCACAUUAUGCACUGGUAGGCCUACCGUUAAGUUGAUAGAAUCAUAGAGAAAAGAUAGGAUAAUUAUUUUCUCUAUGUUAGUAAGAAAAACAUUGGAAUAAAAUAAAAAUCAUCCAGUACCCUUUUAUAUUCAGUACUGAAUGGUUUUUAUCUCAUUUCAAUAAUAAUAGUUGCCCUUUAAAGAAAAAAAGUAUUGAAAUUACUUCCAGAAAAGUAAAAUUAUAGAAGCAUCAGUUUCAAAUUAAUCAGUUUCUUGAAUAGGAACAGCUGACAUCAUUAAAAUCGUGAUUGUAUAGAUCGUGUGUAUGAAUAAGACUUGGAUCAUAGUCUAUCAGAGAUUCUAUGGAAUAUACAUAGAUACUUUGUAUUCAAAAAAUCUCUAUUGAGAUAUGCUUGGCUCAACACGACUGUGCUGCCCAACAACCAGUAAAUAGAAUCGUACUGUUAGGCCCAUGUUAUACGAGCGUUAACGCUGCGUUGGCAACGCUGAGCCAAGUAGCCUAGUAUGUAAUUUGCUUUUCAACACAGCGUUGUUAGCGCGCACUAUGGAAGUACCAUUUCCCAGUUAACGCAACGCUAAAAACGCGGCGGCAUUAACGCUCGUAUAACAUGAGCCUUGUUGGGUACUUGGCAUUACAGCCACGCUGAUGUAAGUCCUUUUGGCCUAAGCAUCCUUUAUAAAUACUUCAACAUUUCCCUUGUAUUACUGCCAGUAGUAUUUGUUUUUGCACUACGUUUUCAACCUUUUUCAAGCCCUAGGUUUUUAAUAGAACAGAUUCUAUCAAAUUUAGUGAUAGUUAUGAAAAAAUGAGUUUUUUACCGAUAUGUUUGGAAGUGACUGCAAACGAUGUCAGUUGGAAUGCAUGAUUUGAGAAUGGAAUGAAUGACUUAUGGUUGAGUUGGUUUUAGAAUAAGAUUUGAAAUAAUAGGUCGGUAAUAAGGCAAUUUAUAUGAAAUGUACAAAGAGCUGUACUCGUAGAUCAUGACUUUUAAAAUUACCUUCCUAAUGGAAUUUUAUUACAAUACAUUGAAAGUGGUAUAAGAAAAAAAAAUUUAUAACAAAUUUAAAUUGGAAUAAUAUGACGGUUAAAAGAAACUAACUCACUAUCAAUUUAAAAUCACUGGAUUUUGAUUACACCUCUGUGGCCUACAAUCAUCACUUUUAACAGACAAAAUAAUAUCCAACUCAAUAUUUGAAUGCCUUUCAAAUUCUGAAGUCACAAUUUAUAAUGUAGGUACAUUUUGAUAAUUUAUAAAGUCUCUUAUCUAUGAUUGGGACUUACUUGUAACUUUUUUAUGAACCUUACAAGAACAGAUAAUGUGCCGUCCUUGAAAAUGAGAUUUAUAACUCAAGUGAUUGAAAGUGGUUGCUCAUAAUUGUAAUACUUUCUCUUUAUAUAGUUAUUCUACUGUAUUGUAAAGAAUAUUUCAUCAAGUGCUUUGUAAAUAAUAUAGUCGCGGAUUUCAUAUCCUAAUAGCAAUUAGGAUAUCAACGAUUUUAUUUCCUAAUAGGAUUAUCAUUACUCUAUAUGGAUUCGAAUACAAACACAAUUGGUGCUACAUUUCUGAAUCCAUAAUUCAUAAAUCCAAAAUUUUGGAAAAUGUGAGUUGAUAGCUGUUUUUUACAAUUUCCCAACUUGGCAAAUUAUUUUUGAUCAAUUUUCAAAACAAUAAAAUUUUAUUUGAAGGUUUUAUGGAAUUAAGUAGGUACUUAUUUUCGUAUGUAAAUACUACUGAUCAACAUUAGCAAACCUGGAGUCAAAACUACUAUUUCAAAAUAAUGUUGUAUUCGGUUUCUUCCAGUGCAUUUUUUUCAACUAAUGUUUCAAUAAUAAUUAUGUUCCACCUAUCUAUUUAUAGAAUGUUUGUGUUUUUUAGUAUUAAAUAUCAUCGUUUGUGAUCGAAUUAGGUUAAGGUUUUAAAAAUAAUAUAUUUGUUAUACAUAUUUCUAUGUAAACUCUCAACAGAAAUUUCAUAUAUACUGUAUAUUAUAUGCCUAAUUAAGCCUGUAUUGACAAUCAUUUCAAAUGCCUCAAUACAUCAAUAUUCAAAAUGUUUGGAAAGCCUCAUAAAGUUAUUUUAGAAUCAAUUUUCAUUAGAUAGGAAAAAUAUCCUAAUAAUUUUGCUAUAGAUUUAGCAUUUUAUCAAAAUUCCGUGCAGUGCAUGAAUAUGACUGAAAUUAGAACAAUCAUGUGAAUUACAUUGACCAUUAUUGAUCAUCUCAAUCUAUGACUAAAUAUUUCUGGUGCAAAUAAUUCAUACCUAAGAAAGUGCGUACAGAUUUGAGCGCUACGAACACUGGCAUUUUGCUUUUCAUCAGCUGAUUAUAUCUGUAUCCUAUUGUUUCUGUACAGAUACAUAUAUUAUUGUCAAAUUUAGAUAUGAUCAGCUAAUGAAAAGUGAAGUGCGCGUGUUCAUAGCGCUCAAGUAUGUAGGCAGCUUAAUAAUUACCUAUAUUGUCAAUAAUCUGUAACUAUUAUAUUAGUAAGUAAUACCCAAUAAUGAUAAUAUAACUUUCAAGAAAAGUUAAUCUUCUCUCUUAUUAGUUCUUCAUUUAUUUUAUCAUCGACUAUUACCAUUGAGAUUCUUCUGUCUCACUGUUAUUAUAUUGUUUUCUAUCAUCUUCAAUAUCUAUAUCUCUUUUAGUCAUGUGACUGUCAAUUUCAAAUUAAUUUAUAGCAGCAUUUUUAAAUUUUAACAAUUUAAAACAUGUUUCACGCAAAAAUGUUAAUCAAACGUCAAAUUAAAUCUUUUUAACUCUGCAUUUAAUAGGUAGUAGCAAUAUUUUGAUUAUCAAUAAUAUUUCUUAAAAUUUUAAAUAAAGUAGUCUAGUGUUAUUUGAAAUUUUAUCUUUGAUGUAGGCCUACUGUAGAUUUUUCAAUACCACAUAUAGAUUAAUGAAAAAUUAUUUUGUAUCUUUCCUUGGCAGCUAGAUUCAAGUAUUAACUAUUUGCUCUCAAGUAAUAUUGAAAUGUAAUAACAUUGGCAUUCCUCUACUUAAUAAGUAAUGUACUUAGUUUGCUGUAAGUCAUCGAGUAUUGUAAAAUUAUUUUAUUGAAACACAUUCCUUUGAUCAAAAACCUUGAUCUCAAAAUCACUUAUCAUCACAUCUUAUAUAAUUUUAUAACUACUUAUCUACAAUCUUUUUAUCUGUGAUAGUGAAAUUUUAGAAAAUCUUUUAACAUUCGUUGAAAUACCGGUAUCAGCUACUGAGAACCAUCGUAGCCUACAACUAUAGUCUACAUACAAGGCGCCUAUUUCAAAAGUGAUCUAUUUGAUCAAUGAUAUCUCAUAUAAAUAUGGGAUACCCUAAGAUUCAAGAAGAGAACAAAUGCAAAAUUUUGAAAUUAACUUGAGCUAUUGAGUAGUUGUUUCUUUAAAAUAUUCUCUUCUUUUCUCGGAAGUUAAGCUUUCUACUGGCUGGGUUUUUCAAAUUCUAUUUACAAUUUCUUGGAGUAAUAAAUUCAUGUGAUUCUACAUUGAAUUGUUAGUAAUAAGUCAAAGAAGUUUGUUAAGUAACUGCAUUUGUAAAUUUGUACGAAUUUAUAUGUAUCAUUGUGUUAUGUAUGUAUAUAAUAUUAUUGUGCUAUGUAUGUAAUAUUUUAGAAUAUUAUUUCUAUCAAUAAUGUAAUUUUUAUGUUUAAGACAUAAAAAAUUAUUUCCUGCAAUAUUGUACUUAACAAAUGAGAAACAAAUAUUAUAUAAUUACGAAUGAUCAAACUUGAACAUAUCAUUUGUACAAAUAAUUAAAUUUGAAUUCAUUUCAUAGAGCAAUUUAAAGACUUUUCAGUAGUUCGGCAAUUUGAUUAUUAUUUCUCAAAAGCUAAAGUUCAAAACUUAUAGAUGAUGAAUGAAAAAAUGUAAGGCCAUUAAUUCAUCCUCAGAAUAGAUUUGUUUUGAACACAAUUGACUUUUCACAAACCGUUAAUCAAUAGAAUUCGCAUUGAAAUUUCCCUAUGACUGACUACCUUUAAUUUAUUAAUAAUAUGUGAUCUUGACAAAUUUAUCAGAAAUUUCAUUUAUCAAUCCGUCCAUCAGUUUAGCUAGUGCCUUUAAACAAAAUAUUACAAAAACUUUUCAAACUUUACAUGUGCAAUUCAAUGUGUCUUAAUGCAAUUGUGUGAAGUGUUUUAAUGUUAUUAUCACUGUACUUCAUAUGAAAUGAUACAUUUAUGAUGUAAAUUUGUUAGAAAGAUGUAAGAUUUAUUAAAAUUGACAGACAAUUAUUAUAACAUAGUGCAGCUUGAGAAUGAAUGCUUUAUUGGUAAAAUUAUUAAAUUUUGUAAUUUCAAAUUAUUUGUUUGUUGUAGUGGAGGAAAUAUUAAGGUGAUAAAAUGCAUUUUCCAAUGUUUUUUGCACUGUUUUUAUUCUGAUAACCAAAGCUGUAGUUAAGAUUGUACAAAGCCAUAUUUUUCAAACCAUGUAGUGAAAUUAAAUGAAAAUUGUUUAUAUAUA